AUGAAGUUCACUAGUCUCGCUCUCCUUUUUCUAAGCGUUUGUUUAACAUCAGCUAUAACUUCGGGUGAUGCUCUUUUUCGCGGUUGCGGUGUCUAUGUCGCCAAAUACAGUUUCGAAUGUCCUUCAAAAUACUCCAAGGUUAAAGGUGGCCGUACCGGUGGCUGCAACUGUAUGAGUCCUGAGUUCAUGGCUACCAUGGUUGACUGUAUGAUUCGCUCAAAGGGAGGUAAUAUUAAGCGCGGUUUCACAAGUUUGAUUGACGAUUGCAAACUUUCAAGCAGAUCUAACUUGACUGUUGAUGAACUUUAUGCUAUCCACGACAAUGCAUCUGAUUAUUGGGUCAACUCCAAGGACGUCAAAAACAAAACUGAAACUCAUUACUAUCCCAUUAAAUUCACCCAAGCUCAAGUUGACCAGGCUCAAAGAGCAUUCGGUGCAGGCUUUUAUGCUAAAUACACAGGUCAACUUUACGGCGGUUUAAUGUGCGCCUACUUUGGUGUGAUUAUGCUUGCUGCUGCCAUUUCUAACUUUUUGAAAAAGGUUGCCCCCAAAUUCGUUCAUAACUCAACCAAUAACAAAUUUGCUCUUUUUUUCCGCAGAAAACUUAUUAACCCGGCAUUUUUUGGAUUUAAACACAGUACUCCUGUUAACUGGGGACCAUUCAGUAUGUCUCUACCAACUCGUGCACAAGGUUGGGUUGUUACUGGAUAUGUUGUUAUGUUCAUUAUCUUUAUGUUUAUCAAGUACGACGUCUAUGACGGAAACACUCGUUAUCCCUCUAAAGCAAAUCAAUUAUCACGCAUUGUUAGUGACCGUACUGCUGUAUUAUCAGUUACUCAAAUGCCUUUACUUUACAUUCUUGCUGGCAGAAACAACCUAUUGCUUUGGAUUACUGGUCUCUCUUACGAUACCAUGAAUUUAUACCACAGAUGGGUUGCCCGUGUCACUUUUACAAGUGUAUUCAUACACUCAAUUGCUUUUAGUGCUUUGUACGUCAACCAGGGGACUUACAAAACCCAGUUAGCAAAGACUUCUAAUGUAUGGGGUAUUGUUGGUACUGUCUGCGGAGGUCUUCUCAUGUUUUUUUCUCUUCGUCAAUUCCGUGAAAAGAUAUAUGACUUUUUCUUGCUUACUCAUUGGGCUUUUGUCAUUUUCUUCACUGUUGGUUCUUGGUAUCAUGUUGGCAGCAACACUUACUAUGAGUGGAUCUAUGCUACAGUCGCCUUCUGGGCUUUUGAUAGAGCUUUCCGUCUUGCUCGCAUUGUUCUCACUGGUGUUAAAGCCAAGGGCCAUGUUGAACUUCAAAGUGAUGUUUUCCUUAAGAUUAAAAUUGACUACAACAACCGCAUAUGGAAGCCAUAUCCUGGUGCAUAUGCAUUCUUGUACUUCCUUCGACCUACAUGGCGCAUUUGGGAAAACCACCCUUUCUCUGCUUAUCCUUCACCUGUUCCUGGUGAAGAGAACAAAAUUGUUUUCUGUGCUCGUGUUCGUCAAGGUAAGACUCUUCAAAUGUCCAAUUACAUUGCCAAGUCUGGCCCACAAACUAUUCCAGUUUUUGUCGAAGGUCCUUAUGGCCAUGCUCAACCUGUUGACCGUUCAGAGACUGUCGUUUUGAUUGCAGGUGGUAUUGGUUUCACUGGUGCUUACUCUUAUGCCUGCAGAAUGCUUGAAAAACCUAACGUUACUUUUAUCUGGGCAGUUCAAUUUAUUUCCCACUUUGAGGUUUUCCGUGAAGAAAUUGAGCACCUUGCUUCUCAUGGAAUUAACGUCAUUGUCUACAUUAGUGAUGAGACCAGUGACAAACCCAUUGUUUUGGAGAAAAAUUAUGGUUCUGAUUCUGAGGUUUCUGAGAAAACUGACAGUUCAAUGACACUUGACACACGGUACGGUAUGGCUGAUAUUAAGUCAAUUAUCGAUACUUCCGUUGCAGAGGCUCCUGGAAGCAUUGGUUUCUUUGUUUGUGGUCCUCCAGGUGUUAACGAUAGUGUUCGUAAGCAUGUCACCAACGCUAUGGGACAAGGGAAAGGUCGUGUUGAUCUUUACGUUGAGGCUUUCAACUGGUAA